CCGACACAAUGGGCAAGUCAUCAACAUCCAAUCCGACAGGGUCAUUGCAGGUCAAUGGGCCCCUCUCGCCUCCCCUUACCCCGUCGCUGAACGGCAACACCAACCCCAUGGGCAUCCUGAACGGCGCCGCAAACCCCAACAACACCAACAACCCCUUCCACAACGCACGCCCGGCGUCUCCAGACCCAAGCGUCUCCUCAUGCUCAGACUCCAGCCCCAUCCCUGGCUCGGCCUCUAGCUUCAUAACAACUUCCUACACCACUUCCCAAGCAACCCCCUCCACCCCGGACCUCAAUCGCAAAGACUCCCGCCCGCUCCCAGGAUCCUACCCCGUCCCCGGGGUCCGCCACGACCAUGACGACCUCCCAUCCUCCUCCUCCUCCUCCUCCCCAACAACAAGGCACAACAACCGCCCCGGCUCCAAAGUCCGCACCUACACCGACGGCCGGCAAGAAGCCCAGGCCUUCCCGCGCCUCUCCAAGCCGGUCGAGCUGCUCCGCAGCGCCUACGACGUGGUCGUCAUCGGCUCGGGCUACGGCGGCGGCGUCGCGGCCUCGCGCAUGGCGAGGACGGGGCAGUCGGUCUGUCUGCUCGAGAGGGGCCGCGAGAAGUGGCCCGGCGAGUACCCCUCGGGCACCGUCGACGCGUUUAAGGAGCUGCACUAUUCCGGCACGCUGGCGCCGAGCUGGUUGAAGGGCAAGCUGGUCGAGGGUGGGGAUCCGACCGGCUUGUUUCAUUUGAUCCUUGGGAGGGGGCAGAGUGCGGUUGUGGGGAAUGGGCUUGGUGGGACGAGUUUGAUCAACGCCAAUGUGUUCAUGGAGGCGGAUAAGGAGACGCUGGCCAUGAAGGCCUGGCCGCCGGAGAUCAGGGAUAAUGUGGACGGUUUGGACAAGUAUUACGAAAAGGUGGCCGCGGUACUCGAGCCACAGGAGUAUCCGGCUGAGUGGCCGGAGCUUCCCAAGGCGAAACUGCUGCAGAAACAGGCCGAGCUCUUGAACCUGGGACACAAGUUCAAGAAGGUGCGGCAGACGACGCGCUUCAGCAACGGGCCCAAUAGCUGCGGCGUCGAGAUGUCGCCUUCGUCGCUUUCGGGCCAGGACGCAACAGGCGUCAAUGACGGCUCCAAGAACACCACGCUCGUCACGUACAUUGCCGACGCCUGGAACUGGGGCGCCGAGAUCUUCUGCGAGUGCGAGGUGCGCUACAUCGAGAAGAUCAAGAACGGCGAGGGCUAUCGCGUCUACUUUGCCUGGCACGGGAGGAAUAGGGGCCUGUUCAAAGCCAACCUCCAUGGCGAUCUGAUGUGGGUGCACGCCAAGAACGCCGUCUUCCUCGGCGCGGGCGCCAUUGCCACGACCGAGAUUCUCCUACGGAGCAAGGCAAUGGGGCUUGAGAUGAGCGACAUGGUCGGCCAGAACAUGAGCGGGAACGGCGACAUGCUGGCAUUUGGUUACAACACCGAUGAGACGGCCAACGCCAUUGGGCGGGAAACUCCGUCGCCAUACAACCCCAUCGGGCCAACCAUCACCAGCGUCAUUGACUGCCGGGAGGGCAACGACAACCCCCUUGACGGGUUCGUUCUGGAGGAAGGGGCCGUUCCUCAGGCCCUGUCCCACUUCCUCCAGGCGAUGCUGGAUUUCAUGCCCGGCAAGAAAGAACCCAAAAAUGAAACCAUUGUUGAAAGGGCGCAGGCUGCGCUCGCACGCUACGGCAGCCGGUUCUUGGGCCCGUACUUCAAAAGCGGAGCUGUGGAGAGGACGCAGGUCUAUCUGGUCAUGUCUCACGACAGCAACCAAGCUGUCUUGACCCUCGAAGACGACAAGCCCGUGCUCGAGUUCCUCGGCGUUGCACGAAGUCAUCACGUCAAGAAGCUGAAUGAGCUGCUGAGACGGGCAACUGAGGUUGUUGGCGGCACCCUCGUACAGAGCCCCUUUUACGAGCUGCUGGGCCAGCAGGUUACGGUUCAUCCCAUCGGGGGAGCGAGCAUGGCCCGAGACAACACGGGUAACACUGGUGUAACCAACCACGUGGGCCAAGUCUUUACUGGAGAGGGCAGUGAGACCCACGAUGGGCUGAUUGUUACGGAUGGCUCGGUGAUCCCCACGGCUCUUGGCGCCAACCCCUUUGCUACGAUCGCUGCGCUGGCUGAGCGCUCUGUCGAGGCAUACGCGGCGUCCAAGGGUCUCACCAUCAGCCAGGAGAAGAACGGCAUCCUGAACCUGCUCGGCGAGCCUCAUCAUGUCCCUCGACGCCACCGACCCAGAGUGAAGCGUGAGCAGGUCAAAGCCGUGGAGGAACAGGAGAGCAUUAUCGUGGCCAACAAUGUCAUCCGCGCGGCCUCAGAGCUCAGCGCGAGUGGCAUUGGCUUCACCGAAGUCAUGUCCGGCUUCAUCCAUCACGACCGGAACCUCACCGAGGACAACCGCGAGACAUAUGAGCUCGCCCACCGCACGGCCAAGUCUCUGUGCGAGAGCGCCCGCUUCUUCCUGAGCGUUCAGGCGUUUGACACCAAGGAGCUGAUCAAGCAUUCGCAGCAUCGCGGCAUGCUGACGGGCACGUUCGUCUGUCCAACCAUCCCCGGGUCGCCGUUCAUGGUGCAGCGGGGAGAGUUCAAUCUCUUCAUCCUUAACAACAAGGCCCCUGGCACCCGUAAUUUGACGUACGACUUUGACAUGACGGGCAUCAACGGCAGGAAGCUGCACUUCCACGGCUACAAGGUAGUCGACUCGUCUGUCGCUUUGGCUCCCUUGCAGUUUUGGCGAGCCACCAGCACCUUGUACGUGACAGUCAGCGAGCAUGUGCCCGGCAUGUGUGCCGAUCUCGACGACGAAGAAGCCUGGAGGCGAGGAGCCGUUAUCGCCAAGGGCAUGAUGCACAUCCAGCUGGCCGACUUCCUCUCGCAGAUCAACACUAUGACGCCCACGGGGAGCAACCUGGUCAGGAAAGCCCUCAGCGCUGCCGGGUUCUUGACCUACUUCACCCGCAAGUCACUCUCUCUCUUCCUCUCGCCCCUUACCGCUCUCCAGUAUCCCACCAAGACCUUCAGCGGCUUCAUCAACCACACACCACCCGACCAGUCCGUCGAGAUCGUCGCCUCGGACAGUGUGUGCUCGCGCAUGCACAUCUGGGAACCCACCCACGUCCCCGGCAACGACCCCCAAAACGUCCGCAACCUGUUCAUGAUUCCCGGCGCCUCGGUCGACCACCAGAUCUUCGCCCUCCCCACCAUCCCCUACAACGCCGUCAACUACUUCACGCGCGCCGGCUACCGCGUCUUCGUCACGGUCCACCGCAUCAGCCAGACCAUGAUCGCCGGCAACAUGUGGACGACCUACGACGCGCGCCUCGACCUGCGUGCCUGCCUCGAGCACAUCCGCUCUGUCCACGGCCCCGCCAAGAUCUACACCAUCGCCCACUGCAUGGGCAGCGUAGCCUUUGCAUCAGGCCUCCUCGACGGCACCAUCCCUACCUCCUGGAUCCUCGGCAUCACCUGCUCGCAGGUCUUUUUCAACCCCGUCUGGGGCCCCGCCAAUAUGGCCAAGGUCACGGCUGGCCCGAUCCCGAUGGACAAGCUCUACUCGCUCUUCGCCGGCAGCUGGUUUUCGUGCAGCACCUCGCACAACGACACCCUAGUGCAGCAAGCCCUGAACCAGAUCCUCCGCCUGUACCCGCAGGCGCGCAAGGAGAUGUGCAACAACGCAGCCUGCCACCGCACCUCGCUCGUCUUUGGCCGGUGCUGGAACCACGCCAAUCUCAACGAGGCCACACACCGGCAGAUCGACCGCUUCUUUGGCGGCGUCAACAUGCGUCUGCUGGGUUUGCUCAUGAAGAUGGGCUACGAGGGCCACGUCAUGACCAACGCGCCGCUCUGCGAGCCGCUUACAACACCCGAGAACAUCGAGCGGCUCCGCGGCAUUCCCGUCAUGCUGUUUGUCGGCCGCGACAACGCGGUGCUGUCGCCCGAGGCGACGGAGCGCACCUACGAGACGCUCUGUGACGCCUUCGAGGACGGAGAGUACAGGCGCCGCGUCGUGCCCGGGUAUGGCCACCUGGACGGCUGGAUGGGGCGCAACGCGUGGAAGGAUGUGUACCCGUUUGUGAGGGAGGAGGUUGAUCGGGUGACGCGGGGGGAGGCGUACCGGUUCGAGGAGCCCGAGGAUCGGUUCAAGGCCAUGGUUCACGGUGGCGAGUUGUUGUAUUGA